GCCGCGAGCUCGCUUCUGCCAUUCUGCUUCCCCUUCUCCAACCACCCUGCUCUCUCCUCUCCCCCUUCACAGUUCACACCUGCGACCACGAGGCGGUGGCGGAGGAGACGAGGCGCGCCGGGGAGAUCCGAGGCACUCGUUGACCCUGCGCUCCGGCGGCCGAUUCGCUGCCGGGGACGCCGUCUUCUCCGUCAACUCCGGCGAACGGCUGCCGCGCUCCGAUCUGCACGUCGCCGACGUCGCUGAGCUUUUGAUCUCGCCUUCUCGAGACACAUCUGAUAUCGCUGUUCUUUUUAUGAGUUCACAAGACACUCAACAUGAAGUUUUUAGAAUACACCCCCUUCGACAGUAUAAAUCUGUUCCUUGAUAAUCUUGACCUUGGUGAUUGUACGAUAAGAGGAAACCUUGAAGCCUUCUCAUGCAAGCACACUGGUAAUGACCGUCGACUUUCAAUAAGUCUAGAACAUGAGAUUCUUGAUUGCCUCAGUAAGUCUUCUGAUAGUGAUCAUUCAUCACCAGUGGAGCAUUUGUCAUGUCGGUCAAGUCGGAAAACAUUGAUCUAUCUAGUUCUCACCCUUAGCCACAUGUAUCCAGAUUAUGAUUUCAGUGCUGUUCGGGCACACCUGUUCUUCAAAGAAGAGGAGUGGGAAAGCUUUAAGGAGAUGACAGACACCUACUUAUCUGAGGCUUCAAAGCAAUGGGCAGCAACAAAUGAGGGCACUUCUCUUCUAGACAGUAUGACUAAUGUCAUUGAUGAGGUUAUCAAAAUCGGAGAGUCUGACAUCUACAGCUAUAAUCCAGACCAAGAUGGAGAUCCAUUUCUUGAAAAGGGGGUCAUAUGGUCGAUCAACUUUUUCUUCUACAAUCGGAAGCUAAAGCGAGUUGUGAGCUUUCGUUGCAGUUGUAUAAGCAAAAUAUCAGGAGAUGACUUCCUUACCAGUGCACCAUCCGAUGGUGAAGAGGAAGAUGCACUGAUAGACAUGGACAUAUAAUUGACACCUUUCUGGCAGGAAAAUGACCAACCAGUGUGGCAUCCAGUUGUGUAGUACCAGUAUAUAUCAUGUAUGGCAGUUUGGCAGUUGCCAGUAGGAACUACAACCAGAAUUUUCUUAGCAGACUUCACCUGUACCGAGGCCUGCAUAAUAUUAUGAUUUGACAGCAGGAAAUUCUGCGUUUCUAGCCUGAGACUUGAAUUGGCAUUUUACUUGGUGACCUAAGCUAGUGUUUGUUGAGAUCGAAAUUCUCGUUCUAUGCAGUUGAAUAAUGUAUAUUUAACAAUGUUAUGUUAUGCUUGUAACUUGAUUUGCAAAUUUGCUAUGCUGUUGUUUGAA